AUGAAGAGCUGGGUGACAUUGCAUUUUAAAUUUUGGGGCAUAAGGCCGAAUCUCAAACCAUGGGCGCUUCUUACAAUCUCCUUCCACCUCCCUUUCCCCAAAACCCUAACCCUAACCCCCAUCCCCUCCCCACCCGCCCCCUCUCCCUCUGCCGCCCGCCGCCCUCCGACCGCAUCCGCCGCCGCCUCCGUGGGCUCCGAUCGACGGCCGGUUCGACCAACCAGCCCUGGCCAGGCGCCACAAUCCUCUACUUUAGGUCCGGAUACAACGUCCAGACUCGUCGUCGACGAGGACGAGCGGAGGAGGUUCUCUGAGGAGGUUCCGGCGGGAGGUGUCGAAGCGGGGGUGAUCCAUGAGUGCCGCCGGCGGAGGUUCUUUGAGAACUCUCAGGAGGAGAAGAAGCGGAAGCAGAGGGAAGCUGGGCGCAGGAAUCGGAGGAGACGGUUAGGACCAAGAUUUAAUGCAUCUUCUGCUCAAGCCGAUGCAGAUGCGGCUAAGAAAUCCAAGGCGGAUGAUGAUGAUAACUGGGACUUACCAGAGGGCAAUCUUCCUUUUUAAAAACUUCAAGCAUGAUGCCCAAUUUUUUUCAGAAGUGUUCUUGUAUGAAUGUUAAGGGUUCAAAAUGUAUAGGGGCAUAUUGCAAUUUCCUUGUAUGUUUUCUGUUUCCAUGAGUAAAAAAAAAAAGUAGGUGUCAGCCUAUGAAAUCAUGUUUUGGAUUCUUUAUUAUGAGGCUCAACCAGCAGAGGCCUUGUAUAUCUUUCAUUUUGUAUGUCUGUAACUUGUAUAUUUCCUCAGGAGCACAAUCUUCAGAGGUUUUUUCCAUUAAUCUUUAUUUUCUCAUGCGUCCAGGAUUUCCUGGCGCUCAAUA